AUGGCCAGGAGCGCGGUCGCCCGCAAACGGAACAUUGAAUGUAGAACCAAGGUGAAAACUGGCUGUGCAACCUGCAGGACCAGGAAGAUCAAAUGCGACGAGAACAAGCCGUUUUGCCAAAAAUGUGUCAACACCGGUCGUUCUUGUGACGGCUACGAGUCCCCUUUUAGAUUUGUUACCAACAGCGCUCAUGGUAGCGACCUCAAGUCUGACGUUACUUUACAACCUGAAAUCGCCACUGAGGAUAUCGACCUUCUCAAUCAUUGCUUUUCAACCAAAACCUUAUUCGACGUCAAGCUAGCCUGUGACGAAGAAGCUAGGCAAGUCCUACAAGCUAGCUUGACCGAUCCGCCUAUACGACACGCAGUCUUGUCUCUUAGAGCUCUUCGGGAAGAUCUGGAGACAUCCGGAGACGGUCCGGCAUCUCCCGCGCAGCUGACCCCGAGCUAUCACUAUGGCCUCCAACAAUACAGUAUGGCUUUGGGGGCUCUUGCGUCCAACUUGUCGUCUCCGAGCUCCAACGGGUUGAAGUCGGCAUUACUUUGCUGUCAGAUCUUAAUCAGCAUUGAGCAAGUGCGGAAGAAUUACGCCGCUAUGGCCCAACAUAUCGUUCAUGGACUUAGCAUCAUGCACCAGUACCGGGCAAGGCCAGGGUUUGUCACCGCGAACAAAUUGGUGCCAACACAGCAUGACCAACUACCCUCCCUGGAUAUUUUCAUCAUUAAGCUGUUUGCUGCACCGUGUAAAUUUGCGGAGCCUCUAGUAACAACCGACGUAAGCGGGACCAUGUUGCCUGCGUGUUUGGUUUCGAGCCAUCAACAGCCGCGAGAUCUUCGCACGAUUGCACCCGACAUGCGGACAGAGCUUACAAGGAUCGCCGCGUCGACACUUGAAUUCCUCGAAAAAGUUUCGCAAGUCAAAUCCGUAGGAGUCGCUCUUCAACUAUUAUCCGAGAAAGCAGCUCUACUAAACUCCUUAGAAUCGUGGUUCAUUAAUCUUGAACUAGUUCAGACAAAGAUCGGAUAUCCUAGCACUGAGCCCAUUUCAGUGUCUUUCUUGCGCUUCUUCCAUCUAAUAUUGAAAAUCGUCCUCUUAGGGGCACUAGACUCGUCACCAGAUCUUUACACCGAGCUGCGGACUGAACACGACAGAUUGCAAAGCGUAGCCAACAACGUGGGCGAAAGAGUCAAGACAUAUAUAACGUGCAGUGGCACUAGUAGUGGUCAAGGGAAGCGCUCUACAGUCCGCUGA